AUGGGCGAUUUAAACAAUGCUAUAGAAUUUUUAUUAUUGGACCCAACAUCAAAUACUGAAAAAAAAACAGCCUGUUUAAAAAUUUUAGCAGAUCCAAAACAAUUUAAUUUAGAAUUAUUUAAUUCGAAUAUUAAUAAAAUAAUAAAGAUAGUUAAAAAUGGAAUUAAAUUAUAUACAUUCCCAGAGAGUGGAUUAUGUUGGAAGACUAUAGCAACAUUUUUUGAAAAUGGUAAAUCAAAUUUACUAUUUAAAAAAGUUGUAGAGAGUGGAAUAUUGGAUGAAUAUAUAGAAUUUUUAAAUAAAUCAUUAGAUGAUUUAUUGAAUUUAGGAGCAAGUAGACCUAAAAUGUUCUCAUUGAUAACACUACAUAAUUCUCUAGUUGAAAAUUGUUUCAUAUCGUCAAUGGAUUGUUUAUCAAUUGAAGUAAUACCAACAUUCAUUCAAAUUUCCAUACAAUUAAUGUCUAUACAAAAAAAAAUUAAACAAGUAAAAGAUUUAAUUUCAAAUUUAAUUACGACAACACAAAAUCAAACUCAAAUUCAAACACAAACACAAACUCAAACACAAACACAAACUCAAAAACAAAUACAACAGCAGCUACAAAAUUGGUCAAUACAAAUUGAAGAGUUAAAUAAGAAAUUAGGUUUACCAUUUCAAAGUUUUUGUGAUUUAAUUAAAAAUGAUGAUAAAUCAUUCUUUAGUUUUAUUUUAGGUGAAAAUAUAAAUAGUAUGGCAAUAGUUUGUGAUGAAUUAAUUAAAAUAUAUGAAAGUGGUAUAGAUCAAAAGGUUGCAGCUCUUUUAAAUGUCAAUCUAACAUUUAGGCAUAUAAUCAAUGAAUAUCCUCAAAUUCAUAACUUUAUCAAUUUUAAAAGUCCACUCGAGAAAACUUUACAAGCUAUUUUAGAUGAAUUUAAUUCAGAACCAAAAAAUAGUAGGGGUGGUAAAUUAUUUAGAUAUUAUAUAAAAGCGUUUCUUUUCUUUUUUGAAAAGUUUAUAGAUCAUUUUGAUUCAGAUUUAUUAUUGCUAACAAUCCAAACAAUUAUUGAUUUAUUGAUAGAGUUACCUCCAAAUAGGUCAAUACCAAAUCAAGAAAAUAUAGAUUUAAUUAUUGAAGAUUCAAAACAAUUUAUAGUUUGUAUGUUGGAACAAUUAUUUCGAAUUGAUAUUAACGAUCAAAGAUGGUUUGAUAGAAUUAUUGGGGUUAUAUUGUCAAAUUCAGUUAAUAAUAAUAAUAGUCUUAGUAAUAAUAAUAAUAAUAAUAAUAAUAAUAAAAAUCAACAGUUAUUUGGUGAAUUUAAAUUAGUAUUAUUGGUUUUUGAAAAUCUUCCUAGUUUGAAUUAUAGUGAAUCAAUAUUGAUAGAGUUAUUUAGGUUUAGCAUAAAUUGUUUCACUAAUUUAAUAACAGAGAUUUAUCAAUCAAGUUGGUUUCAUCAAAAUGUUUUAGAUUCAUUUCAUAAUUUAAUAAUAAAAUCAACAAUCACUCAAUCCACAGAAUUUUAUAAUUUAUUAAUCUCUUCAAUUUAUUAUUCAAAUCCUAUCACUCAAAAUUUUUUAAUCGAUAUUUGGUUUCAAAUUAUUUCUUACUCUUCAGAAUAUUUUCAAAAUUGGAAUAUAGCUUUAAUUAUUAAAACUAUAUUAAAAUUUAAUAAUAGAUAUGAAAUAACAGAUUUUUUAAAUUCAUUAACAAUUUUAUUGAAAAGAGUAUUUAAAAUUUUAGAUUCAAAUCAAAAGGAAAUAGUUUUUCAUCUUUUAGUUUUAGAUAUUUUAGAAAAGGAUUCAUUAAUUGGUAAUCAAGAUAUUAUUACAUCAAUACCCAUUUCAAUUGGUAUCUUUUUUACAAUAAUUGAUGAUAUAGAUAUUAAUCAACUAUCAAAAAAUUUAAACCAAAAUAUACAAUCAAAAGUAAUACCAUUUUUAAUUUCGAAAUUAAAUCAACCAAAUAUUUUUUCAACUCCAAAUUUAAUGGUAAUUUCUCUUUGUUUAUCAUAUUAA